UCCCCUCUACAACCCACGUGAUCGGAAGUAAAUAAAGUUCCCGCGUUGUUUCGUACAGGGAAGAGUGUGUUCCCAGGGUGGUCAACGUUGCACUACGAUGGAUGAUCUUUAUUUAGACAACAUUGACGAAUAUGUUAACGAUCAGAAUAAAAUUGUCACAUAUAAAUGGUUGAGUCUUGCUCUUGGUGUCCAUGUUAACACGGCUAAACAAAUGCUUUAUCACUACAUAGAGCAGCGACGGAAGGAGCGGUCUGGAAACACUCUGCAUGCAACUUACUUGGUGUCUGGAAAGUGCUUGGAGAACGGCAGCAUGUGUCAUAAGGUUUCACUAGUGCGUGAAGACAAGCUUGAGGAUGUAAAAUCCAAACUGGAUGUGACGAUUAGCGUGCAUGUGUACAGCGUGCAGAAAGCUGAGCUGAAGGACAGUGCGCCACUUUACAGUACUGACUACGAUGCUAUGAAAGAGAACCUUAAGAACUGCAACAAGUACAGUGCGAUUCGCUGUGCCGCUGCUGUACAGAUGUCCACAGCAGAGACAGAGAGGGCUCAAGAAAAGGUCAUGUCUACUGCAGCUGACAAAGAGGCCACUAAACCUGUCAUCAAUAACUACACAGCACCUGCAUCCAAACCCACCUCCAAACAGCCGAAAGGCAUCAUGGGAAUGUUUUCAAGUAAAGUAGCUCCUAAAGGUGAAGAGCAGAGCAAAGAGGUGAAGAUGGAGCAGACAGAUGAUCCAUCUCCUGCUGAAGGACCUAAAACCAAGGUGCUUUCCAAAGCUAGCACUUUGAACAAUUUCUUUGGGAAAUCAGCAGACAAAAAGCUUAAUAAACCAGACAAAAGCAUAAAAGAAAAGGCAGAUGGGAGUCCAACAUCAUCAGCUGUAGGGAGCACAAAACAGUCAGGCACUUCUUCCAAACCGAAGCAGGACAUAAAGGAGGAAUUACCGAAGGAGGCUGAAGUGAUUAAAGAUGACUCCAAAGAGACCCGGAGUAAAACGAAGCGUCUGGAGCAUUCGGACAGUGAAGAUGAGCGAGUGGAGAGUCAGAAGAAAAAGAGACGGAGGAUAAAAAACCCUCAGCCUGACAGCAGUGAUGAUGAGGUAAUUCCAGAUUCUCCACCUGCACCUGAACUGCACACACCAAGUCCUGAAAAGCAUGAAAAGCAUAAGAAGGAGCCUGUUUCACAAGGCUCUGAGGGUAGGACGAGGAAGAGGAGACGGGUAUUAAAGUCCCGCACAUUUAUUGACAGUGAAGGCUGUAUGGUGACAGAGAAAGGCUACGAGAGUGAAUCUUACUCAGAGAGUGAAGACGAAUCCAAGGCAGCCACUCAGCAUUCUGAGGAUUCAAGCUCGCUCAAGCAGCCAUUUGUAAGGACGGAUGAGGAGAAAAAGGUCAAAGAGAAAAGUCAGAAGAAGGCUCCUGCUGCUGUGAAUAAAGCAACAAAACAAGCAUCUAUCGCAGGCUUUUUCCAAAAGAAAUGAACUUCUUAUUUUGGCUUUCUGUCUGGGUACCGCUGUGAUCUUCCAAGACUGGAUAUUUAUCGUACUGGACUUCAGUACAGUAACAAACCAGUAGGUGUCCCUGUAAAGCUUAUCAGGUGUUUUGGUCAUUAGUCCUUUUAUAGAGGAAACCACUGAGAUGCUGGGAAUAUGUUUGUAAUGCCUAUAUGUGAAAAAUUUUCUUCUGGGAUUAUUCUUAAAAUCAUCCAUCACUGGUCACUGAACAUCUCUGAGUACUGUGACAUUCUUUGUCCUCCUGAAUAUCAAAUAUUAAAACGUUACUAUAAACAAUAAA